AUGUCGGCACAACCACAUAUAGUGACUUUAAAGCCAAACCGUUUAUUGUUAAACCCGAAAUUUGAAGGUUAUAAAUUAAAACUUUUUGAUGACCAAAAUAAUUUGCAACAUUUUCCAUUACCACCACCUGGUAUAUCAAUAUCGAGAUUCUCUAGCUCAAAAUUGUCAUAUAAAGAAAUUCGAAAUCGUAUUCAUUAUAACCAUUUAUUUCUUGGAUAUGAGUUAAUUGAUAAAAAAAAAAUCUGCUUCUAUUUUGAUAAGGAAUUUUAUAUCAUAAUGGUUGAAUAUGAUCAGACGUCAAAUUUCAUCACCACAUAUCGUCUCGUAAAUAUUCCAGAAUUUUUGGGUGAUCAAACGCAUACCGAGGCAAGCGACGCCUCGACAUCAAAUUUAGAGUAUCCUUCUUUAAAGGCUUUAUCGUCGACAUUAUUGCUCGUAACAAACGGCUCUGGAAAAAUUUUCCUUGUAAAGAUAAUAAGUGACGAGUCUAAUGGCUAUUAUGGAGAAAUUAUUAAUCAGACAGAUAUCAAAGUUUGUUCAGAAGAUGAAUCCGAGGAUAAGGAUAGGUUCAAUCGUAUACCAUUUGUUGUUCUUGAUGGAAAGAUUGUAGGUGAAGGUGAUAAUGCAUAUAUUCUAUUUUCGAUUUAUUACUCAGUUCCGAGACAAGAAAAUUCAUUUACUGACAACUUACCCAAGAACAAUUCAAGAAAAACUUUAUUUGAUAUUUCUUUACUGAAAAUGUCUUUAGAUCAUUCAUACAAUAUUCAGACCCUACAUACUCUUCGUGGGACUGAAAUUCCUCUUUAUUAUAACAUUAAUAUCAGUGGGGAUGGGUAUGUGAUAGGUAGUUACGUAGAAUACGACAUUAUUAAAAGGUCAUCUACUCAAGAACUUGAAGUAGACGAAUUAAAUGAGCUAGAUGACGCCGCAAAAUCAACACAAGAUGUUGGAGUAAAAGAGACAACAUCAGAUAAUGAUGUUAAAGUGCCCCCAUAUAUUUGGACGCAAACUUCAACCGAUCUUACAAUUUGCUUUCAAUUACCACCUGGUACACCUAAAACAGCAGUCCAUUGCAAUUUUACCAAGACACAUCUUUCUCUUACUAUUAAUAUUGACUCUAACACAAGCAACACAAAUUUACCUCUGCAAUCACCUAUACCCUGCUUUGCCUUUACACCUCUAUUUGACCUAAUUGAUCCGAGUUCUUCUCUAUGGACAAUUGAGCCAAAAAUUGGAUUGUUGACACUUCACCUUGAAAAGCAUCAUCAUAAAACACGUUGGUCACACGUUUUCCAGCAGGAUGAUGGAGUUUUUGAAACAAUUGAUCCUAACGAAUUUGCAGAAUUUCGAGAACGUUUAGAAAAAUAUACCGCAGAGCUUAAUGAUUCUACGGGUAAUACCGUUGGACAUCAAGGCAUAUUAGACGCCCUGCGACAUCCCAUUGGUCACGAGAUGGAAGAAUCUAUCGAUUUUGAGGAACAUUCAGCUACUAUUAUGUGGAUUGAUCUUAAUGGAAAAAUAGGGGCUAAAACUAGUGCAGGGGGGCAUGAAUUUAUUUCUCGGCAAUUUGAAAGUUUUGAUAAACAAAAUUUAAUAGACGAUGUUUCCCCAAUGCCAUCUGUAUGUUUAAAAUUAGAUGUAGAUGGACUAGUGUAUACGAUCUCACAUCCAUCUAAGCCCUUAGAUUCUAAGACAUCGCCAUUAAUAAUGGAUCACAUAGCAACUUUUAACGCGUUUGCCUUUGUUCAAGCGUCUAAACGAGAAAAAAAUUUCGUGUUUCAUGACCCCAAUAAUCGUUUCGUGAUGAUUAUAGAAGGAAAACAUCAUGCGUUUGUAUACUGGCAUAGUAAAGAUCAUGUAAAACAUAACGAGCAAUUUGUAGUGGAUUUUUCCGAAAAAAUCAGGAAAGAUACAAACAUAAUUGGAGUUCAAAUGAUAGCAUCUAAGGAAGCAGUGAUUAUGGUUCUUACUCCCGAUUCAGCAAUUAUAAUAAAAUUGAUUUAA